AUGACUGAAGAGAAAGAAAAAGUAGAAGUGACAAAAGUGGACAAACCUGAAUUUGAAGUAAAUGAGAAAGAUAAGGUUCUGGAAAGUGACAAUCCGCAAGAAAUCGAAAAAGAUGUUACCAAAUCAAAUUCUGAAGAUAAAGAAAAUUUUAAAGAUGAUGGAACACAUAAUGAGAAUAAUAUGGCUUUGAAUGCUGAAACUAUGAAUAUGGAUAAUUUGGAAGAGAAAGAUGUAAAUGUUGAGGAGAAUAUUAAUACUGACGAUGACGAAAGUCGAAAGAAGUGGAGCUCUGGAAAUAAACAUAAAGACAAGGAUCGCAAUAAGAAUCCUCCUUCUAAUUCCCACUACAACAAACCCCAUUAUUCGCAUGUUAUUUCUAAACCUCAUAAAAACAAAUAUGGAACACUUUCCCAAAUUCAUACAGUACAUUCUCACUCUCAUGGUCAUAAAGAACAUUACUAUGUACCUUUACCUUAUCAGGAAGACAAGGACAAGCCUACAUCUACUGUACCUGAGCCAGAAUAUCCAAAUUUUAUUUCAGUUUUUCACCCCGUUGUUGAUAAUGUAUGUGACCGCGUUUGGUUUAUAGACAGUGGCGUUCUUGGCUAUGUGGACGGUCAUAAAGAAGUAUCUAGACCAUCUAUCUGGGUAGUUGAUUUGCCUACAAGGGGAAAAUGUGGCGAGGGUCCUUAUCCUGUCAGUCAUCGUUACGAAAUUCCCAGUAACGUUCUUCCCGGAGGAACAUAUCAUGGACUAUCUUACGUGUCCUUAGAUUACAAAAAAGGUGGAACCUGUGAUGACGUUUUUGUAUACUUCCCAGCAAUUUUGACCGGUCGAGUAAAUGUAUACGAUUUCAAGAAUAAUAAGGCAUGGUCUUUCCAGGAUCACUACUCAUUCUUCCCGGUCAUUAGCACUAGCACUUUUGUCCAGGAAGACGAAAAAUAUACCAUGAAUUACGGAGUGUUCUCAAUUACUUUGGGUUGGAGGGAUGCUCGUGGCUAUCGCACGGCUUAUUAUAUAUCUCCGACUUCGACUGUUGAAUUUGGAGUAUCUACAGAAGUACUCAAACAAAAAGAUCUCGCACCAUUAAACUACAAUUCAGAUGACUUUAAACCUAUUGGUAAUCGAGGUUGUGAAACACAAGCACAAAUUCAUGUCUUUGAUUCAAAGAAUGGAGUGAUUUUCUAUGGUGACAGACACGGCCUAUCUUUGAGAUGUUGGAAUGUGAGAAAACCUCUUACACCGGACAACGUUGAUGUUGUAUAUAACGAUGCUAAUCUUGUCUAUGUUCAUAGCAUGUUUAUUGAUGAAAAAGGAUAUUUAUGGGCCCUGAGCAACAAGAAUCCUCACUACUUUUCCUACGGAUUAGAUACCACUAAAGUUAAUGUCAGACUCUACCGUGUGCACGUUGACGAUGCCAUCAGGGGUACAGUUUGUGCUAAUGAUGAUGAUGAAUAUAAAGCAGAAGGAGUCUUUGAUUACUCAAAAACUCCGGAGGACUUCAUAAAAUAAGCUUAUAGGAAGUCACAAAAAAGAAACUUUUAGUUGAAAAAAGUUGAUAUUGUAAUCAUCAUUUACAGAGAUCACAAAUAAGUAUAUAACAUGAUUGUGAACUUCAUAUAAUAUUUAUAAAAAGAAAUUUACCAGAUAAUCAAAUAGAAAUAAAUUGCAUCAUAAUAAAUGAAUUAAUUCACGUUUCGCAUAUUUAAUUUUACUCAACAUUUAUUUGAAAAUUCACCUGUGUGUUGUUUACAAAUCUGUAAUAUAUAUUUAUUGUACAGCUGCGAUGGGCCUAUAAAAUUAGAUCAAUUUCUGUA